AUGGCUGCCCGAGACCAUUCUCCAGUGGACUUGGAACUGACGCCAACACCUGUCAAUCUGCCAACGAUCAUUCCCAGAGUAGCCACUACCAAUCGUUCCUUCGUCUUUACCGCAUCGCCCCGUCACGCACCUAUGAAUUUCUUGCGAUCUGAGACACAGCGGCGCGGAUCGUCCAAUGGAAAGCGACGCAGAAGACUUCCAUCGGAAUUGAUUGAGACUUUUGAUUGGGAUAGUUCGCCGCUGGGUUCGAGGGACAAGUGGCCCACAGCUUUGAAGCUUAUGGUUAGGUAUAUGAUGGGAAAGCCCAUUGCGAGCUCUAUAAUGUGGGGAUGGCCCGACCUGGUGAUUCUGUACAAUGAUACCUACGCCAGGAUGAUUGGACCCAAGCAUCCUGGUAUAUACGGUCAACCGGCCAAACUUGCUUGGGGCGAAAUAUGGGAUUCGAUUGGUCCCGCUGCGGACAUGUUAGAUCCGGAAAGGCCAUAUGCAAGACGGACGAUGUUUUUCAAUUCAUUGACGGAACUUCAGCUUCCUGAGGAAGUAUACCAUUCGUGGCACUGGACGCCUAUCUGGCAAGACGAUGGGUCUAUUGAUGGAAUCUGGAACACGACAUGGGAGACAACCACAAAAGUCAUCGCCGAGCGGAGGCUUAGUUGCAUGUCGGAAUUGUUCUCCAGACUUGCGGACACGAGAACGCAAGAAAAGUUCGGAGAAGGGACGCUGGAGGUAUUAGCCAGAAACCCUUGCGAUCUUCCGUUUAUAGCGCUUUAUUGGUGCCGGGCUGAAAAUCCACCAUCGCCCGACGACAAGACUAAAGCCGCCUCGUUGGCGCUAAAGUAUCUGAGACACCAAACGUCUUCGCUCAUUCAAGUUAAACUUACCCUCGCCGGAUCGAUUGGAAUACCGUCGAACCACCCAAUGGCGAGAGAAACUAUCGAAUACACUUUGGAUCCUGUGACAUACCAUAUCGUACGCGAGAGGUCAGACUCGGCAUCAACCGUCUCAUCCCCACUCCCCACCGGGUCUACGGGACCUACCAGCAGACCAAAGACGCUAUCCCCUCCCAACUCGUCCACCUCUUCGGUCCGGUCCGUUGCUGGACUAGACAUGACCAACUCGCUCGUUUCCGGGUCCAUCGAAAUCGUCGAUCCUCUCCCCUCUCAUCUCGCAAGGCCUCGACGGACGCGGAUUCGGCGAUAUCCCACGGACAGCAGCCAUACUGCCCAUCUUGGUUUCUUCCUCGACUCUCUCCCGCACGCUAUCCUUGUCGUCGGACUAAACACAAGAAGGACGCCUUUGGACCAACUUUUGGCUUCUCGUGGUCUCGACGGGAGCGCCCAGUACAAAUUGCAGCUCGCUGCGAGGAACUUCCAUCAUGGACAUGAGCAAACUCGAAGCAGGACGCCUUGCUGGAAAAUUCAGACCUGUGCAACUGGGGCGCUUGACAGCAGACAUCGCAGCUCUCUUAGAAGUUUAGCCGAGAAAAAGGGGAUUGAGUUCAAGAUUGAGAUUGCGGAGCUAGAAGUGGAGCCUGUUGUUUAUGUUGAUCCUGGUGAGUAUCAAUUUGUGGGAAAAGAUCGUGUGCAAUUUGUAUGUCGAGAACCACAUGGGCGAGUUCGAAUGACGUUGCUGAUUUUGGGUGGGGUGGGGGGUGGGGGUUGGAACAGGUUGUCUAAUGCGUUCAAGUAUACGACUCGAGGGGUUGUCACGGUUAGCGUCGUACAUGAACUUAACGAGUCGCAUGUCCAGGUUAGGGACACUGGUGUGGGUAUUCCCAAGGAUUAUUUGAACCAGGUAUUCGAUCGAUUCUUUCGCGUACAUAAUAAUACUGCCGAAGGCACUGGUGUCGGACUCUCGCUUAUCAAGGAGCUCGUCUCUCUGCACGGCGGUCAAAUUCUCCUGGAAUCCCAGACCGAGGAAGAAAACGGAGACAACUCGGGGAGCGCAUUCACCGUGGUCCUUCCGCGCGGCAGCUCCCACCUUCCUACUUCCCUCAUCCAAGAAAUGUCAUCAUCAUCCGAUGUUCACGGGACGUUGCACAAGGAGAUGGACUAUUGGACGGAAUUCGAGCAACCGGUGCCUUCUUCCGCUGGGUCCGCUAGCGACGAGGGCGAAAGCGCGACUUCCCCUUCCCUUGCGUAUGGUGCAGGUUCAACUCGUAAACUGGAAGAACGCGGACAUGCGGCGAUAUGUACGCAAGAUAUUCAGCCCCUACGUAACUAUCUAGAGGCACAAGACGGGCUCGAAGCCUUGCAAAUUGCCAAAUCACAAAAGUUACACAUAAUUUUAUGCGACGUAAUGAUGCCCAGGAUGGACGGUCCGACUUUGGUCAAGCAUCUGCGAGAAGAGCGAAAAACACGAUUUUUGCCUGUCAUUUUUGUCACUGCAUCAGAUGACGGUGCGUAUUCCUCCCAAAUCCACAAUACACCAUGGCCUAUACCUGACAAUCGAGUUCAGAAAGUUUGUUCGGCGGGAAAGAAGAAGGCGCAGUGGAUUGUGUCGCUUCAACUUGGGAAACGACGUCUGAAGCUUGAAGACGAAUUUGAGGCUAGGUCAUACGAAUUACAGGUUCUGGGAGAGCUUUCGCCCGUCGGAAUAUUUAGGACAGAUGCGGAAGGAAGGCUUACAUACCUCAAUCCGGCCUGGUAUCAGAUAACAGGAUAUCCUGCAGGACGAGAGCGUGACGAAUGGCUUGACCAUAUUGCGCCUGAAAGCAAAGAUGCCGCGCUCCGUGUCUGGAAGGGGUGUUUUGAAAAUCGUGAGUCAGCAGCUACGCGUUUACUUUGGAAAAACGACGUGUGGACUCACGCGGUCAUAGCACCACUGAUUAAUGCCGAUGGUAGCUUCGCUGGAUCAUUUGGUGCUGUCAUGGAUAUCAAUGAGCAAUACCGACUUGAAGAAGCACGCAUAGCACUGGCUGAGGAGCGGGAACACAUCGCAGCAUCGAGGGCAGAGGACGCCGACACCCAACGACAACUUGAACAUAAUGCUAAAGGAGCUCUGAACAGACAGCCGGUGUCUGCUAUUAUACAAAAUGCGGAGGUUGUCAGGACAAACAUGAAAGGAUUGAGGGAUAUACUUCAUGAUUGCCGAAAGCGAGGCUUAUCAUACACACCAACUGAUCGACUACUGGAAGAGCUGGAAGAUGACUUGCAGGCUAUGGAUAGCAUUAUGCAUGUGGCUUGGCGCAAGGUGAUGGCUUUGUCUCGCAUUGCGAACGAUGUCUUGAGUCUCUCAAGGAUUCAACUCAACAUGCUCACGGUAGUUCCAACGGACUUUGACGUUAAACAUGAGACAAACCAGAUACUCUUGGUGUUUCGCAAUGAGCUCAUAGCGAAAAAUAUUGAUUUUAAACUAAACUUUGGGCACGGAGUAGAGAUAUUUGGUUUGAGGACAGUCAAGGCAGACCGCAGUCGGUUCGCACAAACAAUAACCAACCUAAUGUCGAACGCUAUCCGGUUUACGGAUAUGAGUAGCGGCCUGCGAGAAAUCAAGGUCUCAUUGGAACUCUCACUGGACCCUCCAAAGGAUGAGAGCUGUGCGGUUCCGCCUUUCCCGUCUGGUCAGGCUCUUCGAUCCCGUUCUCCAAUCACCGGAACGGGGGUACCAGACAUAUACAUAUAUGUGUCGGUGCAAGACUCGGGCCCUGGCCUCCAGAAGGAAGAUCUUGCCCUCCUAUUUCAGAGGUUUCAACAAGGAUCGAAUGCACACCAUGUGUUCGGUGGCUCAGGCCUUGGGCUAUUCGUCUCAUGGGAGGAAGGAUCGAGGUUGUUAGCGAGCCAGGUAAAGGCGCGUUUCCGUUUUUUCAUUCGAGCAGCCGCUCCCGAAUAUCAUCCCCCACCUCCACCACCGGGACGGGGUCUUCGGAGAUCAUCGUCCAAGACGAGUUACAAAUCGGGUGGAUCAACCAAGUCUGCGUCAAGGCCGUUACCAGAAACACCGAACAUACAUCGCAAUCGACCUCUGCAUAUCUUAAUCACUGAAGAUAAUAAGAUUAACCAGAAUGUGCUAGCUCGCCAGAUGAAGAGAGCCGGUUUUACCGUAGUUCUAGCUUCUAAUGGCCUCGAAGCAAUUCAGGCUAUUGAUAAAGCGGACCUACAAAGCAACAGCGAGAUACGAGCUGAAACGUUUGAUGUGGUUUUGAUGGACCUUGAAAUGCCAGUUCUCGACGGAUUCGCUGCUACCCGUGAGAUACGCAGGCGGGAAUCGUUGGGAACAUUGAGGAAACGUAAUUUUAUUAUUGCUCUGACGGGAAAUGCUCGCCUGGAACAAGUUCAAGCAGCCCAGGAAGCAGGAGUGGACGAUGUGAUGAUCAAGCCUUAUCAAAUAGAUGCACUUAUAUCCAAAAUGAAGGGAGGACACCAGCCUGCAUCCCGAUAG